UUCAAGAUACCUUCAAAUCAAAACAACAGACCUCUAAACCUUUAACCCCUGCUAAUAUGAGUGAAAGAAGGGCACAAGGGUUAUGUUAUUUCUGUGAUGAACCCUUUACUCCCGAGCAUGGAUUAAGCCAUAAAAAACUGCAGUUGCAUGUGAUGGAAGUGGAUGAGUUACAAGAUAAUGAGGAGGACGAAGUGUUGCUAGGAAACUCCAUGGGACCCAAUUCUACAGAUCCCCAAAUUUAUGUUCAUGCCAUCACCGGAAUUGCCAAUUUCCAAACCAUGCGUGUGACUGGUUACCACAAAAAGAAGCCUCUCCAUGUUCUGAUUGACAGUGGCAGUACCCACAAUUUUUUGGACAUUGAGGUAGCUAAAAGGUUGGGUUGCAGGAUUGAUGCUUUUGAUUCCCUGAGUGUGGUUGUUGCAGAUGGCACUAAGAUAAAUGUUUCUGCAGUAGUUAGAGGAUUUCAGUGGACAAUCCAACAAACCAAAUUCACUUCUGAUAUGUUGCUCAUUCCAUUAGGGUGCUGUGAUUUGGUCUUAGGGGUCGAAUGGCUAGUGUCGUUGGGUGAUAUUGUAUGGAAUUUUAAUAAGUUGCAGAUGGAGUUUUAUGUUCAGGGAAAGAGACAUGUAUUGAGAGGAGCCUCUUCGGGACUGAAAACAGUUAAGAAACAACAAUUGGAGAAAGCUAUGGAAACUGGUGUUCAUUUGUCAUUUUUACAAGUGUGUGAUGGCCAAGGUGGUCUUCUAAAUUCUCUUACUACUCAGGCUGUUGUUGCUGAAGUCCCUCCUACUGUUGCCAAAUUAUUGGAGGAGUUUGCUGACCUAUUUCAAGAACCUAGUGAGUUACCUCCUAGCAGACCGGGUCAUGACCAUCAGAUUCCUCUAGUCCCAAGAGUUGGGCCAAUUAGUAAGAGACCCUACAGGUAUGCUAAACAACAGAAAGAUGAGAUUGACAAAUUGGUUCAGGAAUACUUGGCAGCUGGUAUAAUUCAGAACAGUAGUAGUCAAUUUUUAGGCCUACCCAAGACAUGGCAUUAACAAAAGAUCAAUUACGACUAUGCACCUAUAUUUUUUACCCUGACUAUAAACUCAGUGAAGUACUCCUAAAAAUGAAUUACAUAGAGGUUACAAGACAAUAAUUACAAUGUUUAAGUCCUGGAAAUAAAAUCAAACGUCAGGUUGUUGCUUGGAUGUCAAUGAAGAUCACUGAUAUGCAGGAAAAGAUUACUGACCAAACCAUUUGGUCUCUUCCUCCUGAAUUUGCGGUAACCUUUCAUUGUUAUUAUUUUUCUAACAUUUCUUUUUUUUCCAAGUCCACAACCCAAUACACUUUACUUUUGUUUUUUGACUAAUAAUUUUCCCAAUUUGUAAAUAUUAUC